AGUUGAUUUUUUAGAUAUAGUUACCAAUUUAAACCAUUACAAAAAUUGCUAGAGACAAGUACGGCAUCAAAAUAUGUCUCGACAAUAUGACACUCGAACAACUAUAUUUUCACCAGAAGGUCGUCUGUUUCAAGUUGAAUAUGCCAUGGAAGCUAUUAGCCAUGCAGGAACCUGCUUAGGAAUUUUAGCAAAGGAUGGAGUGUUACUUGCUGCUGAAAGACGGAAUACUAAUAAAUUGUUAGAUGAUGUAUAUUCGGAUAAAAUUUAUAAGUUGGACGAGGAUACAGCUUGCAGUGUGGCAGGUAUUACAUCAGAUGCUAAUGUUUUAACACAGAAGUUAAGGUUAACUGCACAAAGAUAUCUACUUCUGUACCAAGAACCAAUGCCAGUUGAACAAUUAGUCAGUAGUCUAUGUGAUGUCAAACAAAGAUAUACACAAGUUGGGGGUUACCGUCCUUUUGGUGUUUCUUUACUUUACGUCGGUUGGGACAGACGUUUGGGUUUUCAGUUAUAUCAAAGCGAUCCUAGUGGCAACUACUCUGGUUGGAAAGCAACAUGCAUCGGUAACAACAGCAUGGCUGCUAUCUCAAUGUUAAAACAGGAGUACAAUGAAGACGGGAUAACAUUAGAUGAAGCAUUGAAGUUAGCUGUGAAAGUUUUAAGCAAAACGUUAGACGUGCAAAAAUUAACAUCUGAAAAAGUUGAAAUUGCACAUUUGACUCGCCAAAACAACAAAACAAAAAUCCAAAUACUUAAAAAUGAACAAGUGGAUGGUUUACUGAAAGCUCACGAAGAAGAGGAGAAAAAGGCAGAAGCAGAAAAGGCGAAAGCAGAUAAACAAAAGACAGCGAAAAAAUAAUAAAAACACCUUUUGACUUAGAACUUUUACAUGUAUUAUCACUUUCGGUUAAUAUCAAGAACAGAAACGUUUAAAUGGC